AUGUCUCUUCUCAGAGGUGUCUUCGUAGUGGCCGCUAAGCGCACGCCGUUUGGGACGUAUGGAGGUGUUCUGAAGGACCACAGUGCCACAGAUCUGGCAGAACAUGCGGCUAAAGCUGCACUGGCUGCGGGUGGUGUCGCCCCUGAGAUUGUGAACAGCGUUAUAAUGGGAAAUGUAAUGCAGAGCUCGGCUGAUGCUCCGUACAUUGCCCGUCACGUCGGCCUGAGGUGUGGCGUUCCCAUCCCAGUCCCUGCUCUCACCGUCAAUAGACUUUGUGGAUCAGGUUUUCAGUCCAUCAUCAAUGGUGCACAGGAAAUUUUUCUCAAAGAGUCCGAGGUCGUGCUUUGCGGUGGUGCUGAGAGUAUGAGCCAGGCUCCUUACGCUGUCCGCAACGUCCGCUUUGGGACUAAAUUUGGAUUUGAUCUAAAAUUGGAAGACACCUUGUGGGCAGGUUUGACUGACCUACAUGUUAAAAUUCCAAUGGGCAUCACAGCGGAGAACUUAGCGGCAAAGUACGAGAUUUCAAGAGAAGAGUGCGAUAAUUACGCCUUCCAGACGCAGCAGAGGUGGAAGGCGGCUCACGACGCGGGACACUACAACGCUGAAAUCGCUCCCAUCGAUGUGAAAGCCAAGAAAGGCAAAAUCCCCAUGACUCAGGACGAACACCCGCGCCCUCAGACCACUCUGGAGCAGCUGGCCAAACUCGCUCCCGUCUUCAAAAAGGGCGGGACCGUCACCGCGGCAAAUGCUUCGGGCGUCUCUGAUGGAGCUGCUGCUGUGGUCAUCGCCAGUGAAGACGCCGUGAAGGAGCAUAAACUCACGCCACUCGCCAGAAUAGUCGCCUACCACGUGUCCGGCUGCGACCCCAGCAUCAUGGGGAUCGGCCCAGUUCCUGCCGUCACCGAAGCCCUAAAAAAGUCUGGCCUUUCGUUGAGCGACAUGGAUUUAGUGGAGGUGAAUGAAGCAUUUGCUCCACAGUUCUUGGCUGUGUCUAAAGCAUUAGGUCUGGAUCCCGAAAAGAGCAACGUUAACGGCGGAGCUAUCGCGAUCGGACAUCCGCUGGGGGCUUCUGGUACAAGAAUCACAGCUCACCUGGUUCACGAGCUCCGACGAAGAGGCGGCAGGUACGCUGUUGGUUCUGCCUGCAUCGGUGGUGAUAUAUACGUCAAGUGCCCGGAUGUCGGUCUUUUUUUCAUAGCAAAGAUGGCAGAGGGAGACAAAAAGAAGUCUACCAAGAAGAAGCAUGGGAGCCGAAACCCGGUCCUGGCCCGGGGGAUCGGCCGUUACUCCCGCUCUGCCAUGUAUGCCCGCAGAGCCAUGUACAAGAGGAAAACAAAGACCUCUGAGACCAAGAUUGAGAAGAAGCUCAAGGAAAAGCCCAAGGCCACUAUUGUCAAACCUGUUGGUGGAGAUAAAAAUGGAGGCACUCGCGUUGUAAAGAUCCGCAAGAUGCCCCGAUACUACCCAACAGAAGACGUUCCCCGUAAACUCAAGAGCCAUGGCAAGAAACCCUUCUGUGAACACAAGAGGAAACUGCGGGCUUCCAUCACCCCAGGAACCGUUCUGAUCCUGCUCACCGGGCGCCACCGCGGAAAGCGUGUGGUGUUUCUGAAGCAGCUUUCCAGCGGUCUCCUGCUCGUCACCGGGCCUCUUGCCUUGAACAGAGUGCCGCUGCGUAGGACUCACCAGAAGUUUGUCAUUGCUACCAACACCAGAAUCGACAUCUCUGGAAUGAAGGUCCCCAAAACCCUGAAUGACACAUACUUCAAGAAGAAGAGGCUGAGGAGGCCCCGUCACCAGGAGGGAGAGAUCUUUGACACAGAGAAGGAGAAGUACCAGCUGACAGAGCAGAGGAAAGAGGACCAGAAGGCUGUAGACUCUCAGCUCCUGCCCCUGAUCAAGAAAGUCCCUCAGAUGAAAGGAUACCUGCGCUCCUCUUUCUGUCUGUCCAACGGAGUUUUCCCUCACAAGCUGGUUUUCUAA